ACGAGGUACCCGCAUGGUCUAUGGGCGGCCGCUGCGCUGCCCUUUUCCUUUCCAAAGUACGUUCUAGGAUCUGCCUGAAGGAAACCAUCAUGAGUUUCAAGGUAAGCCGCGAGACUUUGUUCGAGUGUGUGAAGUUGGUCCUCGAUGGAUCGAAGGACAAGAAGAGAAACUUUGUUGAAACGGUGGAAUUGCAAAUUGGUCUGAAGAAUUAUGAUCCACAAAAAGACAAGCGUUUCAGCGGUACUGUCAAGCUGAAAAAUAUCCCCAAACGAAGCUUGAAAGUUUGCGUUCUGGGAGAUGAAUCGCAUUGCGAUGAAGCAAGAGCGAACAAUAUUGCUUGCAUGGAUGUUGAGUCUCUGAAAAAACUCAACAAGGACAAGAAGCUGGUAAAAAAGCUUGCAAAGAGACAUGAUGCUUUCCUGGCCUCAGACACCAUCAUUAAACAGAUUCCACGUCUCCUUGGACCUGGAUUGAACAAAGCUGGAAAAUUCCCCACUAUGAUCACCCAUAAUGAAAACAUGAUGGCCAAAAUUGAUGACAUCAAGUCCACUAUUAAGUUUCAGAUGAAAAAGGUUCUGUGUCUCAAUGUUGCAGUAGGACAUGUUGAGAUGUCAGAAGAAGAACUGGCACAAAAUGUGUUCCUUGCCAUCAACUUUCUUGUCUCUCUUUUGAAAAAGAACUGGCAAAAUGUCAGGUCUUUGCACAUGAAGAGCACUAUGGGCAAAGUUCAGAGAUUGUACUAGACAAUUUUAUCAAUGAGAAUUGUUUGAAAAGAACAAA